UCUUUGCCAUCAGCCUCGACGUUCUCCGUGACGUCCUCCUCCUUGUCAAGGAUGCUACUCGUCAGUUUGUAGACCGGUCGUUGCGUCUUACUGUCAAGAUCGCUGAUCUUGACGAGGACAAAUUUGCGACGUUUUGCCAGACGUUGAGCCUCCUCUAGCACGGUCACCGUCAUCCUGUCGUCCGGUGACAGCAACGUGAUCUUCGGUACCGGCACCGUCUUCGGUCUUUGCUUCUUCUCAGUCACAACGCCGCCGACAUCGUCGAAUACAGACUUAUUGCUAAAUGUUCGAGAUACGUUCCGUAAGUCACUUGUCACGCAACACUGAUUGAAAUCCCAGGCGCGGUAUACGGCGUCUCGUAAAGCCAUCAGUAACCUGGAGGCAGCCAUACCUCGGCAGUCUUGGUUUUUCGUUCUGCUAGCGAACGUAACCUAUAAUUGUUCGCGCCUAACCUCACUUAUACGCGGAUUCACACGUGUUUGACAGAUGUCAUAUGGUUCAUUAUUUCACUCAAUUUAAAAACAAGAAUAAAAUAUUAUCAUCAUGAUAUAUUCUUACCUUCGAACGUUUAUUUACUAAAGUAUUAUCUUACUAAUAUUAUACUGUUGCAAAGUAUAUUGAGAUCAGUGAUGAGUUAAGCAACAUGUUCACCGAGAGUAAAAAUAUUAAGAAAGAAAUGCAGAUAAAUCAGGAUGAAGAAGUCUCCUUCAAUGUUUCAAGAGAUGGUGUAAUCUUGAAAACCUUUCUAUUAAUUACUUGCAUCAAGAUCCUUCUAAUUCCUACUUAUCAUUCCACCGAUUUUGAAGUACAUCGCAACUGGCUGGCCAUUACAUACAAUCUACCUGUUAAAGAAUGGUAUACGAAUACACAAUCUCCAUGGACUCUAGAUUAUCCACCCUUAUUUGCAUGGUUUGAGUACUGUCUCAGUCAAGUGGCUGUAUUUUUCGAUCCAGAGAUGGUCAAGCUAGAGAAUUUAAAUUAUGCAUCACCGGCUACUGUGUAUUUCCAAAGAGCAACUGUCAUAUUUGCGGAUCUUAUGCUUGCAUAUGGAGUGAGAGAAAUAAGUGGAACAUUCUGUAAAUCUUUGAAUGGCCAUGUAAUUUUUGUAUUUCUAUCGCUAUGUAACAUGGGACUGCUGAUAGUCGACCAUAUACAUUUUCAAUACAAUGGCUUUCUACUUGGAAUUUUGUUGAUAUCGAUGUCAAAAGUUUCAAAAAUUGGAAAAGAGAUGUCGGUGUUGCAAGGUGCUAUAUGGUUUGCUAUUUUACUCAAUUUAAAACAUUUAUAUAUGUACAUAGCACCAGCAUAUAUUGUCUGGCUACUAAAAUCAUAUUGUCUCAAUAGUGGCAAAUUCUUUAAGCGAUUAUUUAUACUUGGAAUUAUUGUACUGACUGUUUUAACAGUGUCUUUUGGUCCUUUUAUAACUCAAUUGGCACAGGUAAUUUCACGUUUAUUUCCGUUUAAAAGGGGAUUGGUGCAUUCGUAUUGGGCUGCAAAUGGUUGGGCUUUAUAUAUUGGUGCGGAAAAAAUACUGUCUGUGAUAUGGAAACGUUUAGGAUGGUUAAAAGAUACUAAAUCUGCAGUAAUGACAGGUGGUUUAGUGCAAGAGCAGAAUUUCCUUAUAUUACCUACGCCAACUCCUAUUGUCACGUUUCUUUUGACUUUUUUGGCAAUACUUCCUGCAUUAUGGUGCCUGCUUUGUAAAAAGUCCUACAUGAAUUCGAAAUAUUUCAUUAGAUGUACUGUAUUAUGUGCUUUAAGUUCAUUCAUGUUUGGUUGGCAUGUACAUGAAAAAGCCAUAUUAACUGCAAUUAUACCUUUAUGUGUCCUGGCAGCAACAAACAAGAAAGAUGCCCGGAUAUUCAUAAUUCUGAGCAGUGCUGGAUAUACUGCUCUUUUGCCAUUGUUAUAUCCUAAUAACUUAUUUUCAUUAAAAUUACUGUUAUUACUGAUACAUAUGUUCUCAUCGAUUUUAGGCUUAACUAAUCAACACGUUAAACCUCUAUUGCGAUUACAUGAAUGGUUAUACGUAAUACCAUUGCCAUUAAUUACAUUUUAUGAAGUGGCACUGCAUAAAUUAUUAUUCGGCGAUAGAUUACCAUUCUUACCGUUAGCAUUUACUUCUAUAUACUGUGCUAUUGGUACGACUUAUUGCUGGAUAUUAUAUUAUUAUAUAUAUUUACAAAACAAUACUUAUGCUGAUAAGAAAACAGCAAAAAGCAAAUUGAAAGGCCAAAUAUUAAAAGAUAAACAAUCUUAGGAGAUAUAAUUACUAAUAAUUUGUGUGAAAAAUUCGUGAGAAAACAUAUCAAUGUAAUAAUGUAAAUAUUGCAAACAUUUUCAA